AUGGCGAGAUGUGGUGGUGAGAGCGCAGUGAGACGGAUUGGCUCGGGACGCAGAGGCCACUUGGACGGAGCUGCUCGUGAUGCGGAGCUUAAUCGCCCGUUUGGAGUCUGCGCACUCCGAGAUGGGGUGCUAGCGUUCACGGAUGCGCAUAAUAAUGCGGUUCGCUUUGUUAUUCCAGCAGCUACGGGUGGUGGUUGUGGUUUAGUGCGGCGAAGGUGCCACGUGAAGAGUGUGGAGAGCUCGGGGCUGCUCGCUCCGAAAGGGAUCGCAGCUUCAGCGGACGGGCGACAUCUCUUCGUGUGUGACACGGGUCACCACAAGAUCAAGUUCGCUGCGCUGCCCAGCAGAAGCGCGCUUGCAGACGUCGAUGCAGUCACGGACGAUGUCGAGAUGUUUGCGUUCGCUGGCAGUGGCAAGAAGGGGUGGCGGGAUGGUCUUGCUCUUGAGGCGAACUUCAACUCGCCCUCGGGUGUCUGCGAGUAUGCAGACGGCUCAAUUAUCGUGGCUGACACAGGGAAUCACUGCAUCCGCCAGAUUCGACGUGGUGCCAAUGGCAAAUUGGUCGUCAAGACGAUCGCUGGGGCGUACGCAAGCUUUGAGACGAAGAGGGUUGGCGUUCAAGGUGCAGGGAUAAAGGACCAACGAACUGCUGGUUACCGAGAUGGAGAGCGGUCUCUCUUCCGAAGUCCUUCCACCGUCCUUGCGGGGCCUAGUGGAGAGCUCUUGGUGGCAGACACUAUGAACAAUUGCAUUCGAGGACUUCUUCCACCUCCCGAUGGGACUUCUCCCUGGAGAGUGAAAACGGUAUGUGGGCAAACCAGACCAGGCCACGCUGACGGGAACUGCGAAGUCGCUCUGUUCGACCAGCCCCUGAGCUUGUGCUGGGGUGAGGACAGCAACACCUUCUUUGUGGCAGACCGAGGCAAUGCCUGUAUUCGCCAAGUUGGCCGCAGUUAUGGGAAUGGUCUGUCGUACACGUGGCCCACAGAGGACGGCUACAUUGCGAGUCAGUUGGUAGUGUGCGAUGGUGGAGACAACGUCAUAAAGCUGCUACCACUUGAAGAGCUCAUGAACGUCAAAGAGCGCUGUGAUACCCCAGAAACUACAGCAAUGCGGAGCACAUUUCCUCACUCUGAAAGCGAACCCCGAAGCCGCGAAGAAUCAGUGGCGUCUCUAUCACCAAGAACGAACUACACAGAUUCCGAGGACUUGGGCGAGGAGAACCAGGUUGGAAACGACUGCGGCAAUUGCCCAUGCGAUGCGUCUCGAGCGCUAGAAGAAGCUUUGAGAGCAAACGCCGCUUUACAAGCGGAAAAUCUGCGGCUGCGAGAGCUUUUGCAAUGCACAUUCGACGAGAUCGAGCUCGCUGACAAGCGCUUCUCCGAGAGCUACCAGUCACAAGUCGACGAAAUCGACGAAACCAGCAAAUUAUCCCCAACGCAGCAAAGUAAAGCUGCCCUACCUACCAAGUAA